UAUCUAAGUGAAACAUGAUACACAACACACGCGGGGGAGCCUUUGAAGUCACGCAAACGACAUGGGCCAAUAUAAUAUCCGGACUGAAUUUUUAAUAAGGUACCCUACGCGGAGAAUAAUUUGUAGAAACAGUACCUGAUUUUAAACGGAUUGUCUUUGGAAAUUGAGCAAAGAAAUGGCCGAUUGCCCAGCCAUGCAGAUAGAUGAAGAGAGUGCCGCGGUGCCCAUGGCAAAUUGGGAGGCGGAGGCCAUUCAUGAUUACGGGAAAACCUAUGCGCGCAAAUAUUCUGACUUCAGAGACGAUCAAGCGACGGUUUGGACGAGCAUGUACGAGAAAAACCUUGGAAGAAAGGUCAGUCGCUUACCGCCGUGGGAAGUCUCUCAAACUGGUCGAAAAGACAGCUCUGAAAAACACUUUGGUGAUCCAAACAAGAAGGACUUUGCAUCCGUUCACUUGGAAAGGGCUGCCGAUGCGGGUGCGCUUAGCCACAAGAAGCAUUUUGACACGGCAGAGCACCGGCGAGCAAAGAGGAAGGUUAAGAAAACGCGAAGCGGCGGCUCCGAUUCAAGCAAAGAAGGGGAUGCAGCGAGCAAAGGAAAGAGCGACAACGAGAGGAAAUCAUCGCUUUCCGAACAAGAUGGGGAACAAACGACUGCGAAGAGUGAAUAAACUUGAGACUUGAACUUAUAAUACAAGUAGCACUGCUCAGCAAUUUUCUUCUCUCUUCAAACACGGAAAUCGAGGUACUCCUAGUCAACUGAUCUGACAUAAGUAUUACAUCUUGUUCACCAAGCGUAAUGAACUAAACAUAAGUUUUUAAUCCAGUCAUAAAUGCUGUUUGAAAGUUGGGAAAUUCGUUGAGCCGGUGUUUUAAUAUGAAGGCGACUUCGCGGGAUAUUAAAAUCCGUUUGAAAUAUUUGGUUGAUAAAAAUUAAGAAUGCGCGCAGUUGUGAUUUUAUUCACUCUUUUCGAUAGCUUUGUAAAUACAAAUUUUUACCAGUCCAGGAAGACUGAAAUAUUUGACUUUGCUUUACGAAAAGUGUGGACACUCUCAGUACAUUAAAUUAUGACAGUAUCAUGAAAUUGAGCGCGUUGAAAACACGUGAAACAGACAAUGUCGAUCUCACCGAAGACAAAGGCUCCCCAUUACACUAAGUAAACACCUGUAUAUUUCGCUUAUUUGUGUCAAGUAACGUAGUGUUAAAAGCACUUUCUUAAAGUGCCUUCAACAGUAGACAUUUUCGUCAAUAUUUUAGAAGCGUGACCGCGGCGCGGUCUGUUCUUGCUCCUCUGAAAAGAAUAUGAUCAUUGCGUUGAUGUAAAACAUAAAUUGUUUUUAAUGAGAUUAAUAAAUUUUCGCCACACAAGGAAGGAAGUGUCCUAGAUUGAUAAGAAAGUGUUCUAGUUUCGUACUUUUCUUGUAAAGUGUGAUUGUGAUCUCGCAAAUAUUUCGAUGGAAGUAUUAAAACAACAAGAUUUGAAUAUGCAUAA